CCCAAGAGUCAGUGAUUAUAAAUGAGGACAAGAGAAGGACCAAUCACAUUUGGUUCUUAAAGUCAACAAAAAAAAAAAUGAAGGGUCGGUAAAACUCGGGAUUAGUAAGGAGAUAAAUAAAUAAAAGUCUUUGCAAUUUUGCUAAAUAAAACAAAAAGAAAGAAAGUAGUGAAAAGAAAACAGUGAGUGGAACUAGAAGAAGAUGCUGGAGUGACAUUGAUGAGUGAGUGAAUGAGAGCAAGAAGGAACUAAAGAAGAAUAAUCCAUCUGAAUUCGAAAUCGGAAUGAGUGGCGGUGGAGAAGGUGAGUCCUUGGAGUAUACUCCCACAUGGAUCGUCGCCGUCGUCUGCUCUGUCAUCGUCGCCAUUUCUCUCGCCGCGGAGCGUCUUCUCCACUAUCUCGGUCAGGUUUUGAAUAAUAAGAACCAGAAGCCUCUAUACGAGGCCUUGCAGAAGAUCAAGGAGGAGUUGAUGCUUUUGGGUUUCAUUUCGCUUCUCCUCACUGUUUCGCAGAACACAAUUUCAAAGUUUUGCGUACCUGCUUCUUUGGUCGACAAUCUCCUCCCUUGUAAGCGCCCUCAUCAGGAAGCUAAUGAUUCGUCUUCUUCAACCUCUCAUCACAUCUCCGGCUCUUUCAGACGCCUUCUUGAAGAAACUUCCACUGCUCAUUUGGGUUAUUGCGCUCAUAAGAAAAAAGUACCCCUUUUAUCCGUUGAAGCAUUGCACCAUUUGCAUAUCUUUAUCUUCGUCCUAGCCAUUGUCCAUGUCACUUUCUGUGUUCUCACUGUUGUGUUUGGAGGUGUAAAGAUACGUCAAUGGAAACGUUGGGAGGAUUCUAUUGCAAAUGAGAGUUAUGACACUGAACAAGCUGUUCUUAAGUCUAAGAAAAAGGUAACAAGCGUCCAUCAACACGCGUUCAUUAAGGACCACUUUUUGGGUUUUGGUAAAGACUCAGCUCUACUAGGCUGGCUGCAUGCUUUUGUUAAGCAAUUUUAUGCAUCUGUGACCAAAUCAGAUUAUGCGACCAUGCGGUUAGGAUUCAUCAUGACUCACUGCAGGGGAAAUCUUAAGUUUAAUUUUCACAAAUAUAUGAUACGUGCUCUCGAAGAUGAUUUCAAGAAAGUUGUUGGGAUAAGUUGGUACCUUUGGGUUUUUGUGGUCAUCUUCUUGUUGCUGAAUGUUAAUGGCUGGCACACAUAUUUUUGGAUAGCAUUCAUUCCUUUCUUUCUUCUACUUGCCGUGGGCACUAAACUGGAGCAUGUCAUUACUCAAUUGGCUCAUGAAGUUGCUGAGAAACAUGUAGCAAUAGAAGGAGAUCUAAUAGUUCAGCCAUCAGAUGAUCACUUUUGGUUUCAUCGUCCCCAGAUUGUCCUCUUCCUGAUUCAUUUCAUCCUUUUCCAAAAUUCAUUUGAGAUUGCGUUUUUCUUCUGGAUAUUGGUUCAAUAUUCAUUUAACUCCUGUAUAAUGGGACACGUUCGUUACAUUGUCCCAAGACUUGUCAUUGGGGUGUUCAUUCAGGUUCUCUGUAGUUACAGCACUCUCCCGCUCUAUGCCAUUGUCACACAGAUGGGAACUUCUUACAAGAAAGCCAUAUUUGAGGAGCGCAUGCAAGUAGGAAUUGUUAAUUGGGCUCAGAAGGUCAAGAAAAAGAAGGGAUUUAAAGCAGCCCUCAUUGGUUCCGGUGCUGGCUCAGGCUCAGGCUCAGGCUCAGGCUCGGGAUCAGGCUCUACUCCUGCUCAACCAAUUUCUGAUACUGGUUCUGCAUCUGUGGGAAUUCAGCUGGGAAGAUUUGUGCCCAAAGCAUCAAAGCCAGAGCGGAGUGAUGACUCUAAGUGAUCUCUUUUCAACGUGUCAGUGUUCAUGACACUGAAGACAUAAGUCUACCCUUAGGUAAUACUACUACUAGUUGCCACUUUCCAGCUGUGCUGGGAUUAGAAAUUUUAAUUCUUCUGUCAUAUAUUAUGGCUGUGGUGGGACUGUACCUAAGUCUUUUAUGGGCAAGACACAAGCCUUUGAUCAAUAUAUUAUAUAAUCUUAUAUAUACAUAAGAGAAAUUAAGAAA